AUGUACACCAAGGCUCUUCUCACCGCCCUUAUUAGCGCCACCGCCGUCUCUGCUCACGGCUACGUUGAGACCAUCACCGCCGGCGGCAAGACCAUCGACAACUACAACCCUACGUCUGCUCCUUACCAAAACCCGGCCCCCAGUGUUCCCGGCUGGGCUGCCCAACAGCAGGAUCUUGGCUUCGUCGCCCCCGACGCCGCCGGCCAGGCCGACAUCAUCUGCCACAAGUCCGCUACUCCCGGAAAGACCAACGUCAAGGUCGUCGCCGGGAACAAGAUCACUGUCAAGUGGAACACCUGGCCUGAGUCUCACAAGGGCCCCCUCAUCGACUAUCUCGCCAAGUGCGACGGCGACUGCUCCAGCGCCACCAAGACCGACCUCAAGUUCUUUAAGAUUGCCGAAAAGGGUCUAACCGGUAGCAGCUGGGCCGCCGACGAGCUCAUCAGCAACGGCCUCAAGUGGGAAAUCACCAUCCCCAAGGAUAUCACCGCUGGCAACUACGUUCUCCGCCACGAAAUCAUCGCCCUCCAUAGCGCGGGUCAGGAGAACGGUGCCCAGUUCUACCCCCAGUGCAUCAACCUCGAGGUCACUGGCGGCGGUUCCGCCAACCCCGAGGGUACUGCUGGCACCAGCCUGUACAACUCCAAGUCCAAGGGCGUCCUCUUCGACAUCUACAGCGGCCCUACCAGCUACCCUAUCCCUGGACCUGCUCUGUACAGCUCCAAGAAGCGCCGCAACCACGCCCGCGACCUCUUCAUCGUUGACUAA